AUGCCCGGUGCAAACGUAGCAGUCCUCCCGCCCCCUGCGGCCUCGACAGCGUCUUCGCGAAAGGCCUCGCUGGCACCCGAACGUAAAUACAAGUGCCAGUUCUGCAACAGGGCCUUUAGCAGGAGCGAACACCGAAGUCGCCAUGAACGAUCACAUACCAAAGAGCGUCCUUUCAAGUGCAUGAAGUGUAGGAGUACCUUCGUCCGUCGUGACCUUCUUCUUAGACAUGACCGUACCGUCCACGCCAAGGACGGCGGCGUACCUCUUCACAGCGAUGGCAAGCGCCGGGCCGGUCCCAAGACUCGCGCGGUCGGUGCCCCUUCAAAAUCUUCUAUCGCUAUUGAUACUUCAACCCUGGAACAAAUGGAAUCUGGUGCUGAUGGCAUCUUUGACGUUGAGACUGCUGCCAUGCUUGUAGCCGAUCUACAUCACAAGGCCACCGCCGCUAUGCGCGAAGACCACUCAUACGAGGACAGUCCAUCGAUGACUUAUUCACCCCACAAUGCUUCUGCUAUGGAGUCAACUGUGACCUACCCCUCCGGCGCCAUCGCAUUACCUCAGGUUCAGUGGGAUGGUUUUAUGUCUCAAUCAGUCGCCGAGCCCAAAGCCCAUUCGAUAACGUCCAGUGCAUCCGGGUCAUUCGAGUCUCAACCUUCUUUCACCAGCGGAACUACCCUGCAAGCUAAUUCGAACCAACUCCCUCCUAUUAGUGGACAGAACUGUAAUGGCCUGGUACCGGCUCUACAGUCUAUGAUCAACUCGUUGCCCGACUCCACAGCUGCGCUGCCAUCUCCAUGGUCGUCAGAGUCAUCCAAGCCUGGAUACAAGGCCCCUGAAGUGAUGGGGGAUGACGAGCGUAACGCUAUCCUUGACAACAUCCGCAGUGCCGACAGCGAGCACGCCAUCCCUGAGGGUUUCCGCCUACCAGGCCUAGGUUCCUUGAAUCGGUACCUUUCAACAUACUUCGGUCUAUUCCAUCACCAUUUGCCUUUCUUGCAUCCUGCCUCAUUUCAUCCCACCAAGGUCUCACCCCAGCUUUUGUUGGCCGUUCUCAGCAUUGGCGCUCUUUAUGCUUUCGACCAAGAACAAGCAUACAUGCUUCACAUUGGCUCCAAGGUUCUGGUCAACCAGUUCCUACAAAGCAAGGAGAACUUUAGCUCCCGCAAGUGUCCCCUGUGGACCAUGCAGAGCAGCCUCCUCAACAUGAUCUUUGCUAGCUGGAGUGGUGACCCUAAGGGCCUGGAAUGGACCUGCUCAAUCAAGAGUCUACUCGCCAACAUGGUCGCGGGUAACAGGUACGAGCUGAAGCUUCGACAAGAAGCUCGGUCAGGUGCAAAGCCCACUCGUGCCGAGUGGGUAGAAGAUGAGGGCUGCCGUCGUACAUAUUACGCUGUCUACAUCUUCUUCGGUCUUUUGACACUUACCUACAACCACACGCCGGCCAUCAGUUUCAGCGAGUUUGAAGAUUUACAGCUUCCUUCUACCGAAACGCUAUGGAACUUGCAGGUACCAGACGAGGCGGUAUGGCAAGAACACCUGGCAGCUUCCACUACUGUGACCUUCAUGGAGGCUCACGACAAUCUUUUUCAGGGCGAGACGCUUCGAUACAGCACCUUCGGCACCCGCGUCAUGAUCAACGCUCUGUUUCUUGAGGUCUGGUAUCACAAGCGCAGUCCUGAAGCACUGCAAGACGUGGUAACAGAGUACAAGUUGCGGCUGGCGCUAGAAACAUGGGAAAAGUCCGUCGAUAUGUGUGAGGCCGAAGCCUUUCCUGUACCGAUCAGUGCUCCCCACAAAGGCCAUCCUCUAAUCUUCAACGCGAAAGCUAUGUACCGUAAUGCUCGUGUCCGCCUGGAAGUUGACCUCAAGGCGGUCCAGGAAGCGCUUCGCUAUCAUGAGUCCUAUGAGGUUGCUGCUGCGAUGACGCAUGCCCGGGAUCGUGUGAAGCGCUCGAGUGAGAUGAUCAAGGUUAUUGAGGAAUGCUACAACUGCCUAGAGACGGUUGUUUCUCAAGGGGUGAGAUGGAUUGCCCGUGUAUCGCCUACCAACUGGAGCGUGGAGCAUGCUCUCUGCGGAAUGGAUCUCAUGAUCAUCCUAUCGCUGUGGUUGUAUCGUCUGGAACAUGACGAGGAGCCUGCGACUCAAGAAGAGAUGGCCAUGUACAACAAGGUUCGACAGCUUCUUGUGAAGGAAAUUGAUGAGAACUACAUGUCUCAGCUGAGCGCGGUUGUCGCACGACUCUGGGGUUCGAUACUCGAUGAAGUUGUUGUUUGGGGCAUGACACGACUUAUGGGCGACGCCUUCAAAUUGCAUUCUCAGGCCCUUGUCGGCUAUGUCGAUGAUCCUGAAGCAUCCUCAAAUGUCUCGACUCCCUCGAUGAUCUCGCAGGGGGCAGAUGAGGAUAGCGUGUACUAA